AAAACAGCAGAGGAAUACUGAUCGUCCUUCUGCUUCUCUUUUUUCUGUUACAUGCAGUCAUCUGCCGGAAAAGAACUUUAGACACACUUGAGUGUCAGUGGGUAUGUCCAAGGCUGGAUCUUCUCAAUGACUUUGCCUACAUUUGUUGUGUUUCCUCAUUUAACCAUCGGGAGGGCUGCCUGCGUGUGCUUCUUCUGACACCAAACAAAUCAAGACGACUGCUAGAGGACAACCCAUAAGAUCUUCUGCCUAAUACAAAAGCAAUCAGGACUCAGCUUAAGUAUUAACCCCUCUGCUCUUCUCAUCGAUCCAUAUCUCUGACAUAUUAAUGUCUUUUCUCUGCACAAAGGGGUUGCAAGGUUGGGUUUCUGCUUGAGAGCCUUAUGGCUCAAAGUCCCUCAGAGUGACGUCCUGCAAUUGUCUCUGGAGUGUGGUUGAACAGGACGGAUAGAAGGAGCAUUUAAGUCAGCCUUGACAGCAGUGAAGCAGAGGGUGAGAGGGCGCCUGGUUGUCCAGUCAUCUAAAGGCAACUGAAGCCAUCAGUGUGGACCAUGAGUGUCGCAGCUCUGGACGAGUACUGUGGGUCCAUCUUCUGGAAUGCCUCGUAUUUGAAUAGAGAAGAUCCAGACCUCCCGGUAUGUGUAGAGCAGACGAUUCUGGUCUGGAUCCCUCUGGGGUUCCUAUGGCUCUGUGCCCCGUGGCACCUGGUGUCUCUCUGCAGGAAGACAGUGAAUACAAAACACCUGUCCAAGCUCUACCUCUGCAAACAGCUUGUGGUGUCUCUGUUGUUCCUGACGGCCAUAGCAGCCCUGGCUGUCACAUUAGGAGAGGAUUUUGGUCCAAGCAAAGACCCACCUUCAACAGUGAAAAAUGCUGGCGUAUACUACGCAAACCCUGUCCUGUACGCUGUCACAUGGAUCCUUCUGCUGCUGUGUCAGGAAGGAGUUAGGCGGAGGAAAGGAGCAGUAGACUCCGCCACUCUCUUCGUCUUCUGGUUUCUCCUUGUCCUGUGCGACGUCUUCCCUUUCCAGACCCUCUUACGAGAGGCACUGAAGCUGGGAGAGAUCAGUGAUGUCCCUCGGUUCUGCCUUUUCUACAUCUCUUUUGGGCUGGAAUUGAUUGCACUUAUUCUCUCUGCUGUGGCUGAUAUCCCAUCGGAAGCCAAGGAGCGUGUAAAAAAUAAUCCUGAGGCAGGUGCAACAUUUUUGAGCAGAAUCACUUUCAACUGGUUUAACAGCAUGGUGCUGAAGGGGUACAAGCGGCCCCUGGUUCAGGAGGACAUGUGGGACCUAAACGAAAUAGAUAGCACUUCAUACAUCAACCAAUGCUUCCAGCAUGUCAUGCAGUCGGAGUUGGGCGCAGCUCGGGUCCGUUAUCAAAACAAGUUGAAGAAGAAACAGAAUGAGAACAGAGACAAAGCCCAGGGAGAGGCCUUUCAAAAUGGUCUGGGGAAAGGUGUCAGUCAGGAUGUGCUGAUGAUGGAGGAAAGGGGAAAGAAAGCAGAUGAAAAGAAGAAGAAAAAGAAGAAGGAGAAGGACAAUGACUAUCCAAACUCAUGGCUGAUUACCACAAUUUACAAGACUUUUAGAGGGAUUCUGCUUGAAUCUGCUUUCUUCAAACUUCUGCAGGACCUGCUGGCUUUUGCCAGUCCUCAACUCCUAAAACUGAUGAUCUCCUUCACUCAGGACAAAUCCAGGUACACCUGGGAAGGGUAUCUGUAUGCAGUACUGCUGCUGGUGGUAGCCGUUCUGCAGUCUCUGUUCCUGCAGCAGUACUUCCAGCGCUGCUUUGUGCUGGGGAUGAAGGUUCGCACUGCCAUCAUGGCUAGCGUGUACAAAAAGGCAUUGGUGGUGUCCAAUGAAGCUCGUAAAGAGUCAACGGUUGGAGAAACGGUGAACCUGAUGUCAGCAGACGCCCAGCGUUUCAACGAUGUGACAAACUUCAUCCACCUGCUGUGGUCCUGCCCUCUGCAGAUCACCCUGUCCAUUGUUUUCCUGUGGCUGGAGUUAGGACCAUCUGUGUUGGCGGGACUGGCAGUCAUGGUGCUAAUGGUGCCGAUCAAUGGAUUUCUAGCCACCAAGGCCAGAAAUAUCCAGAUAGAGAAUAUGAAGUUCAAAGACAAGAGACUGAAAAUCAUGAAUGAAAUACUCAAUGGCAUUAAGAUUCUGAAGCUGUAUGCAUGGGAGCCAUCCUUCCAAACACAGGUAGAAGACAUUAGGGGGCAGGAACUAAAGGUCAUGAGGAAAUUUGCCUACCUGACGUCUGUCUCGACCUUCAUCUUCAGCUGUGCUCCUGCUCUGGUUUCUCUUGCAACAUUUGCAGUGUUUGUAGGGGUGAGCUCAGACAAUGUGUUGACUGCUGAGAAAGCUUUCACUUCCAUCUCUCUUUUCAACAUCCUCCGAUUUCCCCUGGCCAUGCUGCCCAUGCUCAUUGCUGCCAUGGUGCAAACGACAGUGUCUAGGAAGCGCUUGGAGAAGUUUCUGGGAGGUGAAGACCUGGACAGUGACAUUGUGCGCCAUGACCCCAGUUUCAACACUGCUGUUAGCAUAAGUGACGGCUCAUUCGCUUGGGAAAAAGAAGCUGAUCCUCUGCUGAAAAAUGUGUCCUUGGAUAUUAAGCCAGGCCGUUUGGUAGCAGUAGUGGGAGCUGUGGGCUCAGGAAAGUCUUCUCUUAUGUCAGCCCUCCUUGGAGAGAUGCACAGCACCAAAGGCUUUAUCAACAUUCAGGGUUCCCUUGCAUUUGUUCCGCAACAAGCCUGGAUCCAAAAUGCCACUGUGAGGGAUAAUAUCCUGUUUGGCUCUCCCCAUAAAGAAAGGAGGUUCCAGGAGGUGAUACAGGCCUGUGCCCUGGCCCCUGACCUGAAGCUGCUGCCUGGGGGUGACCUCACUGAGAUUGGAGAGAAAGGCAUCAACCUCUCAGGGGGUCAGAAGCAACGUGUGAGCUUGGCCCGGGCAGCUUACAGUCAGGCUGAUAUUUAUCUCUUAGAUGACCCCUUGUCUGCUGUGGACUCUCACGUAGGAAAGCAUCUCUUUGAGAAAGUGAUUGGACCCAAUGGAAUACUCAAAAACAAGACUCGUAUCUUGGUGACUCACGGAGUAAGCUUCCUGCCAUACGUAGAUGAAAUAGUGGUCUUGGUGGAUGGUGUGGUUUCUGAAGUUGGAUCCUACAGCAGCCUUCGUGCCAGCAAAGGAGCCUUUUCUGAGUUUCUAGACACUUAUGCCAAAGAGCAAAGUAAUCAGGCCGAUUUACAGUCUGAUCGCUCAGAUCGUUGCCAGGACACUGCAGAUGUAGAGCUCAUCCCUGAAAGAGAGGACACUCAACCUGACUCUCCUUUGGAGGACACGGUUUCUGUUACACUCAAGAGGGAAAACAGCAUCCGCCGCAGCCAGCGCAUGGGCAGUGUCAGACUAAGAAAAAAUAGUUCCAUAAAAAAAUCAGAAGAUGCUGAUGAAUCAAAGCAAGGUCAGAAGCUAAUAGAGAAGGAAACUAUGGAAACAGGACAGGUGAAGUUCUCAGUGUACCUCCAGUACUUGCGUGCCAUGGGCUGGGGAUAUACUGUUAUGGUCUUCGUGGUUUACUUCAUCCAGAACAUUGCUUUCAUCGGUCAGAACCUGUGGCUAAGUGACUGGACCAAUGAUGCAGUGGAUUACUACAACAUGACAUACCCUAACUGGAAGAGGGACACCAGGGUGGGAGUGUUUGGUGCUCUGGGAGUUGCUCAAGGCCUGUUUGUAUUCCUCGGUACCCUGCUAAUGGCCAAUGCUUCGGUCAAUGCAUCUCGUAUCCUGCAUUCGAGGCUGCUUGACAACAUUCUGCGAGUUCCCAUGGUGUUCUUUGACACCACACCCAUUGGAAGGGUGGUCAACCGCUUUGCAAAGGACAUUUUCACAGUGGAUGAGGCCAUUCCACAGUCCUUCCGCUCCUGGCUCCUGUGUCUGCUAGGUGUUCUGGGGACACUGUUUGUCAUCUGUCUGGCCACUCCUUUCUUCACCAUAAUCAUCAUUCCUUUAGCCCUGGUCUACUACUUUGUACAGCGCUUCUAUGUGGCGACUUCAAGACAGCUGCGACGGCUGGACUCAGUGUCUCGCUCUCCCAUUUACUCACACUUUAGUGAGACUGUGUCGGGUCUGUCAGUGAUAAGAGCCUACGGCCAUCAAGACAGGUUUCUUAAGCACAAUGAAAUCACUAUUGAUGGAAACCUGAAGAGCGUCUACCCGUGGAUAGUGUCAAACAGAUGGCUGGCCAUCCGUCUAGAGUUCCUUGGAAACCUGGUGGUGUUUUUUGCUGCUCUGUUUGCAGUCAUUUCUAGAGAUUCUUUGGACAGUGGCCUGGUUGGCUUGUCUAUAUCCUACGCCCUGAAUGUAACCCAGACACUAAACUGGCUGGUGAGGAUGACCUCAGAGCUGGAGACCAAUAUUGUAGCCGUGGAGAGAGUGAGUGAAUACAGCGAGCUUGAGAACGAGGCUAAAUGGGUAACUGAAACUCGACCUACAGAGAAGUGGCCUGAGGAAGGAAGGCUACAGUUUGACAACUACAAGGUCCGUUACAGACCAGGAUUAGAGCUGGUGCUGCAUGGAGUCACCUGUAACAUCAGCAGCACUGAGAAGAUUGGUAUAGUGGGCCGCACAGGAGCUGGGAAAUCAAGUCUUACAAACUGCCUGUUUAGAAUUAUUGAAGCUGCCGAAGGCCGAAUCCUCAUUGAUGAUAUAGAUAUUUCCACAAUAGGCCUGCACGACCUCAGGAACAGGCUCACGAUCAUACCACAGGAUCCAGUGUUGUUUUCGGGGUCCUUGAGGAUGAACCUGGAUCCAUUUGACAGAUUCAGUGAUGAGGACAUCUGGAGAGUAUUGGAGCUCUCCCAUCUGAAGGACUAUGUAGCGGGACUGCAGGAAGGAUUACAACAUGAAGUCGCAGAAGGGGGAGAGAAUCUAAGUGUUGGACAGAGGCAGCUGCUGUGUCUGGCCCGAGCACUGCUGAGGAAGUCUCGUAUCUUAAUCCUUGAUGAGGCCACAGCAGCUGUUGACCUGGAAACAGACGACCUGAUUCAAAAUACCAUCCGUAAAGAGUUUUCCCACUGCACUGUCCUCACCAUUGCUCACCGCCUGCACAGCAUUAUGGACAGCUCCAGGGUAAUGGUACUUGAUGCUGGUAAAAUAGUGGAAUUUGAUUCUCCGAGCAACCUGCUUGAAAAACAAGGCCAUUUCUAUGCCAUGGCGAAGGAUGCUGGAAUAACGCGAGAAGACGUCACAGCUCUCUGAUUUUGCACUUGUACUUUUGAUUUAAUUCCAUAAAUUCAUUUUUGUUGGUGAUUUAAAAAGCUGGAUUGUGCUUUGAUAUAAAGACAUAAUGCAAUAUUUUUAUUUAUAGGAAACAAUAUAAAGAAAUCAUAUUCUGUAUGUAAAUAAUUUUUCUAUCUGAACAAUAAAUGUUAUUUCUCAAA